AUGGGGAUAACUUGGGUUGAGACCAGGAUAGAUGCUGUGGAUGAAGCUGGGGGUAGCUCCUCACGGAGUAGAGAGCAGGAUAAAGCAUUUGAGAAUGCUCUUGCAACUUAUCCUGAGGACUCCACAGAUCGGUGGGAGAAAAUUGCUGGGGAUGUUCCUGGGAAAACUCUAGAGGAGAUUAAACAUCAUUAUGACCUUCUGGUGGAUGAUGUUAACCGGAUUGAAUCAGGUUUUGUACCUCUUCCUGCCUAUAAUUCUUUUGAAGGUUCAACGAGCCAGGCUAGAGAUGAAGGAACUGAUAAGAAAGUCAGCCAUGUGGGGCAUUACAGUGAGUCUAAUCAUGGAAGUAAAUCAAGAUCAGAUCAGGAACGCCGCAAGGGGAUUGCCUGGAAGGAAGAUGAAAACAGGCUGUUUCUACUUGGUUUGGAUAAAUGUGCGAAAGGAGACUGGCGAAGUAUAUCGAGGAACUUUGUGGUGACAAGGACGCCUACACAGGUUGCAAGCCAUGCCCAGAAGUACUUUCUCUGGUUGAACUCGACAAACAAAGACAGAAGGCGAUCAAGCAUUCAUGGUAUCACCAACAUUGGCAAGGGCGAGAUUCUAGCACCUCAAGGAUCAAUUACUGGUCAAACCAAUGGGUCUGUUGCAGGAGGCUCAUUUGGACAGUACCCCACCAUGGAGUUCGAUGGAGAAGUGGUUAAGUCCAAUGCCCCUAAAUUGGAAGUGAAGCCACUAAUAGGACACUUAAAGUAUGUCUUCUUAGGAGAAGAGGAAACACUUCCCAUCAUAACCUCCAACAAGCUGAGUGAGACAGAGGAAGAGAAGCUUACAAGGGUAUUCCACGAAUGCAAAGAGGCAAUUAGAUGGACCAUUGCCGACAUCAAGGGAAUAUCAUCCUCCACAUGUAUGCACUGA